AAGAAGCGCUAAAAUAAAAAGAAAAUACAGAGCUUAAAAACACAAUCGAUUUACAGAGAUUCGUCUUCAGCUAUUCUUCCUCUCAUCAAUCGAUCCGGCGUCUGCAAUUCUCUCAAAUCUCCCCAUCUCCGACUCCACAACCGACUCGCCUACUUCUCCGGCACCGCCUCGACUCUGCUUCCGCAAUUUCCAACUCGUGGAUUUCGAGGGAGGAGGAUUUAGCAAGGGUGCAGCAGUAUGAGCAUUGACAGCCCUGGAGAAGAAGUGGAUUAGGGUUGGACUGGACGUGUUGAAACGAGCUGAAGAUUGAUUUUGGGGCAUUCCAUGGGCGAUGGAGGUGUUGCAUGUGUCCCUUCACAGCAUAUUAUGGAUAAGUUCGCUAUUUGCGGGGGGAAGACCAAUGGCAACACCGAGCUCAAUUCUGUUUCCAAGACUUCCGUCAAGUUGGCUAAAGUGAAGCGGAAGAUGAAGCCGAAGAAGCACAAGGGAACCGAGCUGGGGACGAACAAUUCUGGCAGUUUGAAUAGUAGUAAUAAUGAUAAUCAUAAUAAGGAAAUUCCUGAGAAAAAUGGCAGUGAUGAUGUUUGUAAUGACAACAGCAAAGAUGAAGUGGAGGAGGGUGAGCUGGGGACGCUUCCCUUUGAGAACGGUGAGUUUGUUCCUGAGAAGCCGGUGAGAAGGUUCGAAAUUAAGAGUGAGGUUGAGAAGGGCGAGUUCAUCCCUGGUAAGUGGCGGAAAGGUGGUGGUGAAUGGGAGAAAAAUGAUUGGAGUUCAUCGAGAGAGGAGCUGGAAAAGGGGGAAUUUGUCCCUGACAGGUGGUGCAGAACUGACAAGGCUGGUGAUUAUGGUUACUCGAAGGCUCGAAGGUUUGAUGCAGCUAAGGAAAGAGGAUGGAAAAAUGAGCGUGAAUGGACGUCCCCUUCUGCUAGGGAGAGAGGAUGGAGAGUUGAUCGGGAAUCCGAUUGGUCUCCCCCUUCUCGAGAAAAAGGCUGGAAAGGUGACCGUGAUUGGUCACCGCCCAGUAAGGAUAAGGGGUGGAAAGGUGACCGUGAGCGUGAUUGGACGCCACCGUCAGGUAAGUAUUCCAGUGAGAAGGAGCUUGGCAGAAGUGGCGGGAGUGCUCAGCAUUCGAGGAAAUACAAUUCCAGGUAUGAAUCUGAGAAAACUCCGAAAAUCAGCUCCAAAAUAACUGGUGAAGAAGGCAUUCUGAAGAAUGAUUUCACCAGUAGCAAGAGCCAUGGAAGAGACUAUUCGUUCAGCAACCGUUUAAAGCGGCAUGGCAGUGAUUUUGAUAGUAAUGAGCGGAAGUACCGUGUUGACUAUGAGGACUAUUCUGGAUCUAAAAACAGGAAACUUUCGGACGAUGGUGGCAGCCGAUCUGGUUUCCCGACAGACCACUACUCCGGCAGGACUAUGGAGAGACCGUACAAGACUGCUUCUUCUUCUUCUUCAUCUCGUAAUAUUCCCUCUGAAAGGCAUCCUUCUAGAUAUAUGGAGUCAUCUAGAGCAGCUGCUUAUGAUAGGCACAGCGACAGUCCCCAUCAUUCUGAGCGGUCCCCACAUGAUCGGACCCGCAACCAUGAUAAUCGGGAUCGCAGCCCGGCCCGCCGCGGGACACCAACUUAUGACCAAUAUGAUCGAAGUAAGUCACCUUACGAAUCUAGCCGUCACUUUGAUAACAGGGGCCGGAGUCCUGCUCAUGUGGAGCCCUCCCCUCGAAAUCAUGGUCGCAAUCGGGAUGGUAGGGAUCGCGAAACAAAUCGAAAACCUGGAGUUGGGGAAAAGCGCUCUGUCCAUUAUGGCAGCAAAGGUCAGGAAGGAAAGCAUAAUCAGGUGAAGGAUUCUGGUGGAAGGGAAUCACAGUUUUUGGGUAAAAAGUCACCAGAUAUAGGAAACGUAAUUACAGAUAAAACUUCCGGGCCCUCGUGUGACCAUGAACAGUUAUCUCAGAGUCCUUCGCUUAAAAGUGUUGAAAUGUCUCAAGAAAAUGGAAUCGCUGAAGAAGCAGCAUCAAUGGAAGAAGACAUGGACAUCUGUAACACUCCGCCUCAUGUCCCGCAAGUUGUGGAUGCAGUCGCAGGGAAGUGGUAUUACCUGGAUCACUUUGGCGUCGAACAUGGGCCUUCCAAGCUGUCUGAUCUCAAAAAACUUGUUGAAGAGGGAUAUCUUGUAUCAGAUCAUUUGAUCAAACAUUUGGAAAGUGACAGGUGGGUAACUGUUGAAAAAGCGGUUUCUCCAUUGGUUACUGCAAACUUCCCUUCUAUUGUUCCAGACACAGUUACUCAACUUGUCUGUCCUCCUGAGGCUCCUGGUAAUCUAUUGGCAGAUAAUGGAAACGAGGUAUCCAGUAAUGGAGAAUUGCUGGUCUCUUCUUCAAAUCCAGUAAUCUGCUCUAAGGACAUAUUGUUUAUUUCCAAGCCUGUAGAAGAUUUUCAUAUCGAUAAUAGAGUUGGAGCACUCCUAGAGGGUGUCACUCUAAUUCCCGGCAAGGAAGCUGAGAUGCUAGCAGAACUGCUGCAAAUUUCGUCAGAUCCUGAGGACUGGGAGAAAUGGUGGAAAUCACCAGGUUUUACAGGGCACUUAAAGGAUAGGGAUGAGCAUUUUGAAGAUAGUGCUUCUGAGCUUCAAUUUGUGAAUGCUGAAGAAUCAAGACCUGCUGUACCUUCCUCCUUGGAAAGGGAUAAUGAACUGGAUUACAAUGAUACUGGUGAAAGUUUCUUCAGCCAAUUUGUGUGCAGGGGAUGUGAUUGGAUAAGAAGUGAUGAAACUACUCUAGAUAGAUCUUGGAAGAGAAAGGUUGUUCUCAAUGAUGGCUAUCCCUUGUGCCAAAUGCCCAAGUCUGGUUGUGAAGACCCCAGGUGGGAGCAAAAGGAUGACUUGUACCACCCUUCUCAGGGUCGAAGACUGGACUUGCCACCAUGGGCUUUUACCUCUCCUGAUGAGUUGAGUGACCUCAGCGCUAUAACCAGGCCUACCCAAAAUAAGCCUCUCCUUCCCAGGGGGGUCAGAGGACUGAUGCUUCCAGUGAUUAGGAUAAAUGCUUGUGUGGUAAAGGACCAUGGUUCAUUUGUAUCCGAAUCCCGGGUAAAAGUUAGAAAGGAAAGAUUCUCUUCGAGAUCUUCGCGGCCAUAUUCCUCAAGUGGUGACAUAAAGCAAUCAUCUGAAGAUGGUCCCUGUAAGAGUGCUCAUGAACAAGACUCACAUGAUUCUAGUAAGGACAGGGCACUUGUCAGUAUGCCUAAGGACCGUCUUUAUAAGCUUGAUGAAUUGAGAUUGCAUUCGGGAGAUUGGUACUUCCUUGAUGGUGCUGGACAUGAACGAGGACCUCUGUCAUUCUCAGAGCUUCAGAGAAUGGCAGAUCAAGGUGUCAUCCAAAAGCACAGCAGUGUAUUCAGAAAACAAGAUAAAAUUUGGGUUCCAGUGACUGUCUCAUCUGAGCCUUCUGGAACUAAAAAGCAUGAGGAGGCUGCAACUAGUUUAUCUUUGCUUCCAGAAGCAAGUGGUGGCGUAUUGGAUGGGGACCAGAUAACAUCCAAUAGAUUCCAUGGCCUACAUCCCCAAUUUAUUGGGUAUACUCGAGGAAGGCUUCAUGAAUUGGUUAUGAAGUCAUACAAGAGCCGGGAGUUUGCAGCUGCCAUUAAUGAAGUGCUUGAUCCUUGGAUCAGUGCCAGACAGCCUAAAAAAGAGAUUGAGAAACAUAUUUACAAUUCUGAUCACUUCCGUGCAAGCAAACGAGCUAGGAUAGAUGGGAUCGAGGAGGAGUUUGAGACGGAUGAUGAUGUGCUAACUUUUCAGAAUGAUAAUUGUGACUUUGAUGAGUUAUGUGCUGAUGUUUCCUUCAUAAAAGUAGACAAAUUGGAUUCUGAACUAGAGAGGGGAAGUUGGGAUCUGCUUGAUGGCAAUAUCCUGGCCCGGAUAUUUCAUUUUCUUAGAGCUGAUGUCAAGUCUCUUUAUUAUGCUGCAUUGACGUGCAAGCACUGGCGAUCGGUGGCUAAAUAUUACAAAGAUAUUUCUAGACAGAUUGACUUUUGUGCCAUUGGACCCAACUGCUCCGACUCCACCAUCUUGAAAAUAAUGAAGGAUUACAAGGAAGAAAAGAUAACUUCCUUAUCAUUACGUGGUUGUACUGGCAUUACUUCUGCCAUGCUUGAGGAAGUUCUUCAGUCAUUACCAUUUUUGUCUUCUAUAGAUAUUAGAGGUUGCACCCAGUUCGAAGACCUUGUUUCAAAGUUUCCUAAUAUCAAUUGGGUCAGGAACCGGAAUGCACAUUUGAAAAUUCGGAGCCUUAAUCACCUAACUGAUAGGAACCCAUCAUCUUCUAAUCAUAUGGAUGAAUCCAGUGGACUUAAAGAGUAUUUAGAAAGUUCAGAUAAGAGGGAUGCAAACCAGUUAUUCCGGCGAAGCUUGUAUAAACGGUCCAAGCUCUUUGAUGCCCGAAAGUCUUCAUCUAUCCUUUCUAGGGAUGCUCAAUUGAGGCGUUUGGCUAUUAAGAAGGCUGGAAAUGGGUUCAGGAGAAUGGAGGAAUACGUUGCUACAUGCCUACGGGACAUCAUGAACGAGAAUUCCAUUGAGUUUUUUAAGAUCAAGGUUGCUGAUAUUGAGGGGAGAAUAAGAAAUGGGUAUUAUACCAGACGUGGAUUGAAUGCUAUCAAAGAUGACAUAAGUCGUAUGUGCAGGGAUGCAAUUAAGGCUAAAACUCGGGUUGAUGCUAGAGACAUGAAACGUGUUGUAACAUUAUUUAUUCAACUAGCUACAAGUCUGGAAAAAGGUUCAAAGGUAGAAUAUACAAGAGAUGAGGUGAUGAGAUCCUGGAAAGAGGAUUCACCUCCUGGCUUUUCAUCUACUUCCUCAAAAUAUAAGAAGAACCUGAAUAAAGGGUCUGAAAGGAAACAUUCAUACAGAAGCAAUGGCAACCUGUUCAUGAAUGGUCUUUACGACUCUGGAGAUUGUGCUUCUGAUCGAGAAAUCAGAAAGCGAUUAUCCAAACUAUACAAAAGAUCUUUGGAUUCAGGAAGUGACACAUCUGAUGAUAUGGAUAGAUCUUCCAAUGCAAGUAUCACCGAAAGUGAGAGCACUGCAUCAGAUACGGAAAGUGACUUAGAAUCACCGUCUGGAGGUGCUAUCAAAGAGUCUAGGGGGGACACAUUUUUCACACUUGAUGAUGGGCUUGAUCCCUAUGCUGAUGAGCGUGAAUGGGGUGCUCGCAUGACAAAGGCUAGUCUUGUACCCCCUGUCACAAGGAAGUAUGAAGUUAUUGAUCACUAUGUUAUUGUAGCGGAUGAGGAGGAAGUGAGAAGAAAAAUGCAGGUUUCUUUACCUGAAGACUAUGAUGAGAAGCUUUAUGCUCAGAGAAAUGGCACUGAGGAGUCUGAUAUGGAAAUUCCUGAGGUGAAGGAUUUUAAACCCAGGAAAUCCCCAGGGGAUGAGGUCUUAGAACAAGAAGUUUAUGGUAUUGAUCCAUACACUCAUAAUCUUCUUCUUGAUUCAAUGCCGGAUGACUCAGAUUGGUCACUUGUCGAAAAGCAUAUGUUCAUUGAAGAAAUUCUCCUCCGUGCUCUUAACAAGCAAAUAAGAAAAUUUACUGGCACUGGGAACACUCCUAUGGUGUAUCCUUUGAAACCUGUAUUUGAAGAGAUACUGGUCACUGCCAAUGAAAAUGGAGACAGAAGACUCUUGCGUCUCUGCCAGUUUAUGCUUAAGGCCAUCGAUGGUCGACCAGAGGACAACUAUGUUGCUUAUCGAAAGGGUCUUGGAGUAGUGUGCAACAAGGAAGGUGGUUUCACUGAAGAUGACUUUGUUGUUGAAUUUCUUGGAGAGGUUUAUCCUACUUGGAAAUGGUUUGAAAAACAAGACGGUAUCCGUGCUCUGCAAAAGAACAAUAGUGAUUCUGCCCCAGAGUUCUAUAACAUAUAUCUUGAGAGGCCGAAGGGUGACGCUGAUGGGUAUGAUUUAGUAGUUGUUGAUGCAAUGCACAAGGCGAACUAUGCAAGUCGGAUUUGUCACUCCUGCAGACCUAAUUGUGAAGCAAAGGUUACUGCUGUUGAUGGUCAGUACCAGAUUGGUAUCUAUUCUGUAAGACCAAUUGCUUAUGGCGAAGAGAUCACAUUUGACUAUAAUUCUGUUACUGAGAGUAAGGAAGAGUACGAAGCUUCAGUUUGUUUAUGUGGCAACCAGGUUUGCCGUGGGAGUUAUCUGAAUCUGACAGGUGAAGGGGCUUUCCAAAAGGUGCUGAAAGAGCAUCAUGGAUUACUUGAUCGGCACCAGUUGCUACUAGAGGCUUGUGAACUGAAUUCGGUGACUGAGGAAGAUUAUAUCGAACUGGGUAAAGCUGGACUUGGGAGUUGUUUGCUUGGUGGGUUGCCUGAUUGGCUGAUUGCCUACUCAGCUCGCUUGGUGAGAUUCAUAAAUUUUGAAAGGACGGAACUCCCUAAUGUGAUUCUUAAGCAUAAUAUAGAUGAAAAGAAGAGGUUCUUUGCAGAAGUGAACAUGGAGCUUGAGAGGACCGAUUCUGAAAUUCAGGCGGAGGGUGUGUACAAUCAGAGGCUCCAGAAUUUGGCUCUUACAAUCGACAAGGUGAGAUAUGUUAUGCGAUGCGUUUUUGGCGACCCAAAGAAUGCCCCUCCUCCACUUGAAAGGCUUAGCCCUGAAGAAGCAGCUUCAUUCCUCUGGAGAGGAGAAGGGUCAUUAGUCGAGGAACUUAUUCAGUCCAUGACUCCUCAUAUAGAAGAUGCUAUAUUGAAAGAUCUCAAGGUGAAGAUUAACGCUCACGAUCCUUGUGGUUCUGAUAACCCAGAGACGAAGCUUAGGAGGUCUUUAUUAUGGUUGAGAGAUGAGGUGCGAAACCUUCCUUGUACAUAUAAAAGUCGGCAUGAUGCAGCUGCUGACUUGAUACACCUAUAUGCUCAUACAAAGUGCUUUUUUAGGAUUAGAGAAUACAAGAAAGUAACUUCCCCACCCGUUUACAUCAGUCCGCUCGACCUUGGUCCAAAGUACGCUGAUAAGUUGGGUUCUGGUCUUCACGAAUACUGCAAAACAUAUGGCGAGACAUAUUGUUUAGGACAGCUAAUGUUUUGGCACAAUCAGAACGCUGAACCAGAUGCUGUCCUGGCCAAAGCAAGUCGAGGCUGCUUAUCUUUACCCGAUGUUGGCUCUUUCUACGCCAAAGUCCAAAAGCCAUCACGCCAGCGCGUCUAUGGCCCAAGGAUGGUGAAGUUCAUGCUCUCCAUCAUGGAGAAGCAGCCCCAGAGACCUUGGCCAAAGGACAGGAUAUGGUCGUUCAAGAGCUCGUUGAAAUUCGUGGGGAGUCCGAUGCUCGAUGCUGCGUUGCACAAGGGGUCGAUUGAUCGGGAGAUGGUGCAGUGGCUGCGGCAUAGGCCUACCGUGUACCAGGCGACGUGGGAUAGGUGAAUUUUUUGGAGGAUUCGCUGGUUAAAAAUGGUUCUGUAGUUAGUGGUUUAGAUAGUCGUGUUUGUAGGUGCCGCGAUUCAUUUGUUUGCGCUUUUAAUUCUUGUGUACAGUUGCAACACAUUCUCUUUUGUAGGUCUUGUAAUUUGCAUUCAUUCUUGGGUCAUAGUGUUUGCUCUUUUUAUUAAUAGAAGUUGGCAAAAGAAAAAAAAUAUAAAUUGCCAUUUCUUUA